AUGGCGGACCUCGUUGACCACUCCCCCCACCAUCCCACCAAAGCUGCGAAGCUAGACAGCGCCUCUAAUGUGAUUCUGAUCGACAACUACGACUCUUUUACUUGGAACGUCUACCAAUACCUGGUUCUCGAGGGAGCUACAGUGACUGUAUUCCGCAACGAUGAAGUGACCGUAGACGAUUUGAUUGCAAAGAAGCCUACUCAGUUGGUCAUUAGUCCCGGCCCCGGUCACCCUUCAACAGACGCAGGGAUAAGCAAUGCUGCGAUCCAGUAUUUCAGCGGAAAGGUGCCAAUAUUCGGUGUGUGCAUGGGUCAACAAUGCAUCAUCUCUUCCUUUGGCGGCAAGGUCGAUGUGACCGGCGAGAUUCUCCACGGCAAGACCUCGGUCUUGAAGCAUGACUCCAAGGGCGUCUACGAGGGACUGCCUACCGCUCUUUCCGUCACUCGAUACCACUCGCUCGCCGGAACUCAAUCGACCAUCCCGGAUUCCCUUGAAGUGUCCUCGUGGGCCGAACUCGAGAACGGCAGCGGUGACAUUAUCAUGGGAGUCCGACAUAAGGAGCUCACCGUGGAAGGCGUGCAAUUCCACCCUGAGAGUAUUCUCACUGAGUAUGGACGGAAGAUGUUCAGGAACUUCCUCACCUUGACUUCGGGUACUUGGAACGGGAACAAGCAUGGUGCGACGGUAGCUGCCCCGACUCCUGCUCCGGUCGAUAAGAAAGCAUCUAUUUUGGAUAAAAUCUACGCUCACCGCAGGAACGCCGUUGCUGAGCAGAAGAAAACCCCCGCUUUGCGACCAGAGGCUUUGCAGGCUGCUUACGACUUGAACAUCGCGCCGCCCCAAAUAUCUUUCCCUGAGCGGCUGAGACAGUCGGAUUACCCCUUCUCAUUGAUGGCGGAGAUUAAACGAGCAUCUCCUUCCAAGGGUAUCAUUUCGGCAGAUGUGUGUGCUCCGGCUCAAGCUCGCGAGUAUGCUAAAGCCGGUGCCAGUGUCAUUUCUGUUCUUACAGAGCCCGAGUGGUUUAAAGGAACAAUUGACGAUCUUCGAGCAGUGCGUCAGAGUCUGGAGGGGAUGACUAACCGUCCAGCCCUUUUGCGGAAGGAGUUUGUGUUUGAUGAAUAUCAAAUUCUCGAGGCACGACUGGCUGGUGCCGAUACAGUUCUCUUGAUCGUGAAGAUGCUCGAUAUUGAGCUUCUCACACGCCUCUACCGGUACUCUCAGAGCCUCGGGAUGGAGCCCCUUGUCGAAGUCAACACACCCGAGGAGAUGAAAAUUGCAGUUGACUUGGGAUCUCAAGUCAUCGGUGUCAACAACCGCGACCUCACUAGUUUCGAGGUUGAUCUUGGAACUACCAGCCGCCUUAUGGAUCAAGUUCCCGAGUCUACCAUCGUUUGCGCUCUCAGUGGUAUCAUGGGCCCUAAGGAUGUGGAGGCUUACAAGAAGGAGGGUGUGAAGGCUGUUCUUGUAGGAGAGGCUUUGAUGCGGGCUACCGACACUUCUGCUUUUGUGGCGCACUUGCUGGGUGGAUCAAAGGCUACAUCAACUUCAACAUACCCCCCACUGGUGAAGAUUUGUGGGACUCGGUCUGAAGAGGCCGCCAAGGCCGCCAUCGAAGCUGGAGCCGACUUGAUUGGUAUAAUCCAAGUUCCCGGGCGGUCACGAACUGUCUCGGAUGACGUGGCUCUCCGAAUCUCUCAGGUCAUCAAGUCAACACCUCGUCCUGGAGCUCAGCAGAAUGUGACAUCAGAGCAACUAUCCAAGGCUACUACUUUGGAAUGGUUUGAUUAUUCCGCUGGCGUCUUGCGGCACCCAACUCGCGCAUUGCUCGUGGGUGUUUUUAUGAACCAGCCUCUUUCCUACAUUCUUGACCAGCAACAAAAGCUUGGACUCGACAUUGUACAGCUUCAUGGCGCUGAGCCUGUUGAAUGGGCUCGCUUGAUUCCCGUUCCCGUCAUUCACAAAUUUGCACCUGGGGACAUUGGCAUUGCACGCCGUGCAUACCACAAUAUUCCGUUGUUGGACUCUGGUGCAGGUGGUUCGGGCGAGCUCCUAGAGAAGGCCAGUAUUCAGCAAGUCCUUGACAGCGACAUGGGUUUGCGAGUGUUUCUGGCCGGUGGAUUGAACCCCGAUAAUGUGGUCGACACCGUGAGGAAGCUUGGCGAGUCGGGGUCGAAGGUGGUUGGAUUGGAUGUCAGCUCUGGAGUCGAGACCAAUGGUUCUCAGGAUUUGGACAAGAUUCGUGCUUUCGUGAAGGCUGCUAAGAGUGUCCGUGCGUGA